AUAUGGAAGCUCGCACAGCUGCGCGCUCAAGGUCUUUGACUGCGGACGGCGAGCGUGACAUGCCAAGUCGAUGAUCAUGUGUGCGGGUAAAGACCUCCCCAGCGACCUCCGCUCACGUCGUUUACCUCGUAUGCCACGCUUACAACUGGAGAUUCAUACAGGCUGAACGCUCGACUCCCUUUGCACCAAGCUGCGCAGCACUUCCAUCGAAUCGUAUGUAAAUUUGUACAUCGACUCCCUGUCGUGGGUCAACGCCUCGCGCGGCUGCAUGUGGGGCGCCUUCAGAGACACUGUGUAUUUGGGGUUGCAAAUCCACUCGGAGGGAGAUGCGCCUCGGCGCUUGAAGCUUGACUGUUGCUUGACUAUCUUGCGCUGGCGAGAAACUUCAUCACAGCCCUUGAGCACGCACACCUCAGAACAAGUCGAGCCUUGCGAGGGGCCGGCGUGGAACCGUAAAAAGGAUUGGUCCAUCGGAGGUAUCGUCGCGAAAAACUUUGUUCUGCCCCAUUGUAUGCAUGCACUAUGCACCACACUUUUGCGUGGGCUGCAUCAAAUCUUCCGCCCGCCCUCAUACCACCCGCAUAUGUGUGUGAGCCAGGCUGAACAUCAGGGCCCGAUGCGUUCGUGUUCAGGAUUCAAGAGUGCGCCAGUAUUCAGCGUCUACCUUGCUUUGCAGCAUGGGCCAAUCACACUUGCAUGCCAAUGCGAGCUUUGUCUACAGUGAACAAAGUUUGGGUAUUGGUCCCCGCUCCCAAGCCUUUUGAAUCUCGAGAUCGAAAACUGCACCUCCAAAACUAUGCGCAACGUCGAACGCUCUUUCAAACCCCGUUUCUCACA